UCUCAGCUUCAGGUCCUUCACCUAGAGGGCUGCUGGAUAAUGAAAUGGAAAUGUACCACAUGCCGCCGCAAAAAGGAAAGUGUGUAACAGUAAGUGGGACUAGAGCCGGAACUGCUUCUCAGGUCUCCAAAUCAGGCUGCUUCACUGUCACUCAUGGUAGGGACACCAGCCGUCCUCCAGGUUAGCUCCCCCGGCGCCCAAGCUCUCCCUUCCAGGUGGGCGGCGCACCUCCAGCUCUCCUCUCCAGGUGGCAGCGCAGCUGCCCAGGAGCGAAGGCCUGGCCCCGCCCGCUCUCGAACGUCUCCGCGGGGUCGCCCGGGAAACGCAUUCUCGGAGGAACGGGCAGCCGCCAAUGGGAAGGGAGCGAGUGCCACGAACAGACCAAUAAGGAGGGAGCAGUGCGGGGUUUAAACCUGCGGCCGGGCCCGGCUCCUCCCGGCGUGCUGCGGAGGAACGGCUGUUGAGCUGCGCGGGGUUCAGGUCCCCGGCUGGUUGGUGACUCCCGAGUUCUGCUUCUCCCCACUGAGCUGCUGCCUGGUGAAGAAGAAGCCAUGGCGCUCCGGGUCACCAGGAACGCAAAAGUUAAUGUGGAAAAUAAGGCGAAGAUCAGCAUGGCAGGCGCAAAGCGCGUGCCUCUGGCCACGACUGCGGCCUCCAAGCCCGGGCUGAGGCCGAGAACAGCCCUCGGAGACAUUGGUAACAAAGUCAGCGAACAACCACAGGCCAAAUUGCAUCUGAAAAAGGAAGCAAAAACUUUGGUUCCUGGAAAAGUUAUUGCUAAAAAAUUACCUAAACCUCUGGAGAAGGCACCCGAGCCUGUGCCAGAACCUGAGCCAGAACCUGAGCCAGAACCUGAGCCCGUUAAAGAAGAAAAACUUUCGCCUGAGCCUAUUUUGGUUGAUACUCCCUCUCCAAGCCCAAUGGAAACAUCUGGAUGUGCCCCUGCAGAAGAAUAUCUGUGUCAGGCAUUCUCUGAUGUAAUUCUUGCAGUGAAUGAUGUGGAUGCCGAAGAUGGAGCUGAUCCAAACCUUUGUAGUGAAUAUGUGAAAGAUAUUUAUGCUUAUCUGAGACAACUUGAGGAAGAGCAAGCCAUCAGACCAAAAUACCUACUGGGUCGUGAAGUCACUGGAAACAUGAGAGCUAUCCUUAUUGACUGGCUAGUACAGGUUCAGAUGAAGUUCAGGUUACUUCAGGAGACCAUGUACAUGACUGUUUCCAUUAUUGAUCGGUUCAUGCAGAAUAAUUGUGUGCCCAAGAAGAUGCUGCAGCUGGUUGGUGUCACUGCCAUGUUUAUUGCAAGCAAAUAUGAAGAAAUGUACCCUCCAGAAAUUGGUGACUUUGCCUUUGUGACUGACAACACUUAUACUAAGCACCAAAUCAGACAGAUGGAAAUGAAGAUUCUAAGAUCUUUAAAUUUUGGUCUGGGCCGCCCUCUACCCCUGCAUUUCCUUCGGAGAGCAUCUAAGAUUGGAGAGGUUGAUGUUGAGCAACAUACUUUGGCCAAAUACCUGAUGGAACUAACUAUGUUGGACUACGAUAUGGUGCACUUUCCUCCUUCUCAGAUUGCAGCAGGAGCUUUUUGCUUAGCACUGAAAAUUCUUGAUAACGGUGAAUGGACACCAACUCUACAGCAUUAUCUAUCAUACACUGAAGAAUCCCUUCUAAGUGUUAUGCAACACCUAGCUAAGAAUAUAGUCAUGGUGAAUCGUGGACUUACAAAGCACAUGACCAUCAAGAACAAGUAUGCCACAUCUAAGCACGCAAAGAUCAGCACGCUGGCACAGCUAAAUUCUGCACUAGUUCAAGAUUUAGCCAAGGCUGUGGCAAAGGUGUAACCUGUAAACAUGAGUUGGAGUACUAUAAUAACUGCAAAUAAAAUUGGCACCAUGUGCCAUCUGUACAUACUAUAUGUUAUCUUUACUGACUUUUAAUAAAGUUUGUGGUCCUUUUUACUUAUACCUUAACUCAUUCGAAUGUCGCUACUUUCCUACUUGAGGAUAACCUAAAAGUUGUGUUAAAGGUAUGGUGGGGAGUAUAAAAAGUGCUUUCAGUUUAUUGGGACCCAACCUACAUAUAUAAUUGUCAUUUGUGUGGUUCUUGUUUUAUGUAUAUGGCUUUCGCUUUCUUAAUAUGGAUUACUUUGGUCAUGAAGGCAUUUAAAGCCCUUUGUAGGGCAUAUGUACAGCCCUAUAAGCCCUGUCAUCUUGGAGAAUAUGCAGCUUCUGUCGGCUUAAAAGCCUGCCACCUCACCUUUAGACACUCCCCUCCCUAUUUUCUGUUUCUUCCGGUGGUUGCUGCCAUAAUUCCAAGAAGUUCUUAUUUCUACCACUAUUUCUUAAAUUAUCAACUUUUGUAUCAUUUUUUUCACCUGCAGAAAUAAGAACUUUGUAUUUUAAACAUACUUUUUCAUUGUUGAUCAAAUAAAAGUAGAUCCUCAAAGCAUAAAGUAUCUUAAAAAGUUGAUUUACUCCUUACCCCCCACUUCUACAGCUCAAUUCUAUCCAUCUGAAGGUAUCAACAGUUUGGGAUAGAUCCUUCGAUGCCUCUUUUAUAAACACAGACGCGCAUAUAAAUUGUUAUAGGGAUUUCUAAGAAAUGGAAUCAUGCUAUAUAUAAGUAAUUCCUUUUAACAUGGAUAGGCCUUACCUGUAUUUGGGCAUUACAUUCCAUAGUAAGGGUAUACUACAGUAUAUUCAUUCUGCUGUUGACCUUCACAUUGUUUUUUGCUACUAUAGACAAAUGUCUUUGUUAUCAUUAAAUAACAUACUUUCCUUUCUGUACACUGUGUUCUCCAGAAUAUGUAUGUACUAAAUUUUGGCAGAUACUUUUCUCAGUGUCCUCAGCAGUGUACAAAAGUGCUGGAUUUCUCUGUGUCCUUGUCAGAACUGAAGGCAACAAUUCUCUAGUUUCUGCAAACUUGGCAAAAAAUAAUCUAUCUAGUGUGCUGUUGUAAUUUAUAAUUUUGAUGACUAGUUGAAUAAAUUUUUGUUGAGAACUUA